AUGCUAGCAGUUGUAGAAUCUAUUACAGGUAAUUCUACUAUAUAUACACUGCAAAAACGGAUUGGUUAAUUAAAUUAACCCAUUGGUUGUCUCAGAUGCAUUUUCCUUUGCCCAAUAUUAUUUGGUCAAAACAACGGAAAAAUUGGUUAAAAUAACGCAAUUUGUGGUUGUUUUAACUUUGAAAUAUUGGUCAAAUAAGUGCAUCUGAGACUACUAAUCAAAAUAUUUAUAGUUUAAUUUGGUUUCACUCAGCACUAGUGUGAAACAGAUGGUGGUGAAACAGCCUCUUCGUUAUAGCUAUGUAGUAUCUAGAAGAAGUAUCUAUGUAGUAUCUAUAGUAUCUAGUCUUGUAUCUAGAAGAAAAUAUUAAAAUAUACUGUAGUUUACUCAAACAUGUCAAUAUAUGAUUCUUUUGUUUCAGGACCACAAAGAGAAGUGGUUUCAAUAUACAAUGACGAGUUUCUCACCCCGCUAUCCAGACCUCAAUAUUUCAUUGAAGUUUAUCGCUGUGUUGAAGUUAAAGUGGGCGACUGUUUCUCUGGGAUGCAUGGGUACCCGGUUCCAAAAACAACGGCUGAAAUUGAGAUAGUGGUUCCGGAUAUAACGAACAAAGAUCGAGAUUCUAGCGAUAAAAAUAAGUUUUAUAAAUAUGUGGUUUAUAAUCACACGUCUUGUAAAUGUGGGACCUUCAAGUUCAGAAAUGGUACACUGCAUAAAACCAUAACUAAUAACGAAGGUUAGUCCAGCUUAAGAGAGUAAAUGCCAUGAAAUUACCUAAAAUGAUCACGUUUUCUUUCGUUCUUUAGAAAAUUUCUUUUAUAGUUUUAUUGUUAUGGUCAGCCCUCUCAUAAAAUUAACAUGUUCAUAUAUAGGUUGAUACCAUUAUAACCAGGGGAGCACGGGAGCACGGGAGCUCUUCCCUCACUAUCACUGCAGAGUUAAAACUGAUAUACUGAAUUUUAUCAAGUCGGUUAGGUAUAUUGUUGGCUGAUGCGCUUGAAAACUCAUGUAAAGCGCGUUUUCUAUUGGGCGAAGUUGUUCAAGCGAAAUGACUUUGUCUGCAUCGCUCUUUCUGUCGUGAUGAGCAAUGGUGACAAAGGGUAAAGGUCUGUCCGUGGUUUUUCCUGUACAUUGAGGGAUUUUCUCUGGAUUUUCCAGUCUCACCAAAACUGAGUAACCGUUCCUGCUGCACUCGAUAGCGACAACCAAGCCGCAUUAAUCAGCCUUCGACUCAGUGACGUUUCAUGCACGUAAUUUAUGUCUCAACUGCAAGGAAAGGUGAUUAUUACACUGUAACUUUGAUCUAUAUAAGUUUUUCUUGCAGUGUCAGAAGCUGAUUACAAAGCAAAGUAUAGGAAAAAUCCAGUGAAUCUCAUACAUCGGUGUCACAGUCAUGUUUGCAAUCCUCAACCAAGAUACAGUCUCGUCCAUGAGCAUGCGAACGUUAUCCCGAAAUCAAAAUAUCUGGCGUACCAACAGUGCUUGCCUGGCAGUGUGGCGUUAGAAAAGAACAACUAUAACAUUUCAAUUGAAAUGAUAUUUGGUCGAGAGGGGAUUGUCAGCGUUUUAAAUGAUAUUUUAUGCCAGGCUUAUGAUGGAGAAAACGUUGAACAAUGCCCAAAGAUAGAAGAAGAUAGAAACCCCGUGACAACGGUAAGAAUGUUUAUUAUACAUGAGUAUAUUAUUGGAGGGGUACCAGAGGGAAGGCGUAUUAAAGAUAGGGGGAAAAUUAGAGAGGGGCCUAUUAAAGAGGGGCAUACUAGAGAAGGGACGCAUAAGAGGGUUCAUUAGAGAGAGGGGAUUAUCAUAGAGGAUGCUUUUCAGAGAGGACGGAUUGAUAUAGGGUAUACGAGGAUUUACGUAAUAGAGAAUUAUUAAUAAUGAUUAACAGGAAUUCUAAUUUUUCUGUUUAGAGGCAAGUAAUGAGAUUCUAGUUUACGUUGCUUCUGCCAAAGUUAUCCUCCAGCUUUUCUACUGUCGUUGGUACUAUUUAAUAAUACUAAUUAUGGACUUGACCUUGUGGAUCGUUUUUGUCAACGUUGCAGCGAAAGAAAUAGAAAUGAAAUUACAGUGCAAAACAUAAGUAUGUACGAAGACCUAGUUCACACGUCGAAUACUUUAUGUGCCGAGCCAUGGAGCUGAAACAAUGAGUUUAGGACGUUAACGUUAGCUUCGGCUCAUGAUUAGACUUGCUGCAAGCCUCGCUCUUCAUUUUUGAGGGCGUGUUAUGAGAUUAUAUAUAGUUUUUCCUUCCAAGCCAUACACUGUCUGAUAAUUUAGUGAAUAGACUGUCUCAAAACUGAAUUCGAGAGAGAUUUGGAACAAGUCUAGCUCGUGAUAUGCGCGACGUUUGAGUUGAGCAUAAAAGAUUUCUGACGAAACAAAUUAUUAUGAGCACAUUUUGUGAUUGGUUUGCUCAAAUACGAGUCGGAUAAAUGUACGCCAUACCUUCUUUAAAAAAUGUAUUCUCCUCUUUUGUUGUGUUCCAUUGUUAUUUGUAAAUCAAUCACAGAACUUCUUCAUGUUGAUGAAUUCAAAAUAAUAAAAUUUUGUAAACAUAUAUUAAUGAUUGAUUAAUUAAUUGAAAUAUUUUUUGUAGCACAUAUAAUAGUGCAAAAAUACUAUAAACUUGUGACCCUCAAGAUAUGAGGCUAAUAUAUAUAUAUAUAUAUAUAUAUAUAUAUAUAUAUAUAUAUAUAUAUAUAUAUAUAUAUAUAUAUAUAUAUAUAUAUAUAUAUAUAGGCGAAUGUCAAUAAGUAUAUUGAGUGUCGAAUCAUAUAUAUAUAUAUAUAUAUAUAUAUAUAUAUGCAACAAGUGUACACCCUCUGCUCGGCAGACAAAUCAUAGAUAAUAUACAAACAGGUUAUAACACUGCCACGACUCCAAGUGAAAUUAUUUAAUAAAAAAAUAUAUAUAUAGCUUUAAAUUUUCGGCAGCAUGCCACCGCCUUCGUCAAAAAGUAAAUGAAUAUAGUAAAUUACCCUCCUUAUAUACAACAAUAUAAGUGAUUAAACUAAUUAAAGGAGCUUGCAUUUUCUUGACUUGCUUAUUACCAUAGUCAACAACCAAUUGGUAACAUCUAUUUAUAGUAAGCCCACCGAUGCCCAUGUGUAUUUAAAUGCCAAGUCAUCGCAUCCUAGAUCUCAAAUACGUGGUAUAGCUAAAGGGGUGGCGUUGAGGUUAAGGCGUAUAUGUUCUGAGGAUAGCGAUUUUCAUGAAAAAAGCAAAAUAUACGCCCAAUAUCUUAUUAAUUGUGGCCACAUGAGUGUUCAUGUUAAUAGAGUAUUUGAGGAAGUGGGUGGGAUGACUCGAGCUGAAGCACGUAAAAGCAAACCCAAUUAUAAAGAGAAGCAGUGUGUUUUUGUCACCAAGUACAACCCCCGAGUGUGUGACAUAGCCAGUAUCAUUCGUAAACAUCAUGAUAUCAUCGAUGCUGAUGAGCAGGCCCGUGAGAUUUUGCCCAAACGUUCUAUCCUAGUGGCCUAUAGUAGGGGGGCCAAUUUAAAGCAGCUGUUGGCCCCGUCUAAUCCUUACCGAGGGGUUGAACCUGUAGGUCGGGGUUGUAUUACAUGUACAGCCAAGAGAUGUGAUUGCUGCAAAUAUUUUCUUACAUCGGGCAAUUCAUUUAGUUCAACCGUGACCGGCAGGUUGUUUAGUAUCCGUAAGACCUUGACGUGUACAUCUGAGAAUGUGGUUUACCUCGCUCAGUGUGUGGCUUGUGGUUUGCAGGGGGUUGGUUCUACUAUUAAUUUUAAGCCUCGUUUGGCAAACUACAAGUCACAUAUAAAGCAUAAGCGUAGAACAUGUGGUGUAGUUAAUCACUUUAUAGAUGUGCACGGGAGCGAGCAUGUCAAUUUGAAAUUUAUGUUAAUUGAUAAUAACAACGAGGACUUAAGAAAGUGUGAAAACUUUUGGAUAGGUACUUUGCUCACUAAUUUGGGGGGUUUGAAUACCAGCCAUGAUUAUUCCCAACAAUAGGUUUCUUUGUUUAUAUUGCUUUAAUUAGUUUAAUCACUUAUAUUGUUGUAUAUAAGGAGGGUAAUUUACUAUAUUCAUUUACUUUUUGACGAAGGCGGUGGCAUGCUGCCGAAAAUUUAAAGCUAUAUAUAUAUUUUUUUAUUAAAUAAUUUCACUUGGAGUCGUGGCAGUGUUAUAACCUGUUUGUAUAUAUAUAUAUAUAUAUAUAUACCUCAAAAAACCACAACAGUCUGUUUCAUCCGUAUAGGAAUCAUCAGGUGGUGGGGUAAAACGAAAAACUAUAUCACGCUCUAUCUAUAUGGUAUUGAGCACUGUUUGUGUUUCGUAAACCAAAAUCUUAAGAUAUAUAUAUAUAUAUAUAUAUAUAUAUAUAUAUAAAAAAUUAUAUAUAUAUAUAUAUAUAUAUAUAUAUAUAUAUAUAUAUAUAUAUAUAUAUAUAUAUAUAUAUAUAAUCGAAAUCCUAUUUCCUCAUUCCUAAUCGAACCACCCCCAGAAGUGUUCCACUCGCCUUUAACACAUAAGUCAUAAUAUAUCCUCAACAAAACGCUCAAAUUGAGUAAGUUUGCCUCGCCAUUUAAAUUUGUCUGUUUCAUCAAUAACCAACAAGUUCGAUUAAGCGAAUAUAUCCACUUUAGAAGCCAUCAAGGCUUAAGGUUGCUCAUCUCUAUAUAUCCAAUAUAUAAUAUGUGUUUAAUUAACCUGUAAUUUUUGGCUUUUAAGUGGCCGAAUACAUGAUCAUGAGCAUUUAAAAAAAUAUAGUUUUCUUGGCGUAAAUUUUAUACAAUGUCAAAUAACGUUCAGGCUUUCAGUCGCAUUUCUAUCAAAAUUUUGUCAAUUGUAUUGUAUUGUAUUUUUAUUUCACAUCCCUUAAAAGGCUUUUCAGCGAGAUUUUACAUACUUAAUCUAAAUUUUUUAUACACCAUAAUAAUAGAAACACACACAUAACAACACACACACACACACGUGGUCGUACUAUACACAAAUAUAUAUGCUAUUUACAUCAAGAUUUUUGAAGUGUUUCGUUGUUUCGCAGGCCCUAACUAAGUUCUGGUUUUAAGGAAUUCCAAAUUGUGGCCAUUCUGAAUUUGAAAGAUCGUUGCCCAGUUGCUGUUCUGUAUAAAGGAGUAUCAAUCAUGCUCGAGUUCCUAGUAACGCGAGAUGAAAUGUCACCUCGUCUCACAAACUGUUCAGUUAGGUAUGCGGGUGCGUUUCCUGCCAUGCAUUUAAAUGCCAUGACUGCAUCACGAAAAUAUAAAUACUGUCCAACUGGAAGCCACUUUAGUUCUUGCAGGAUUGGUGUGACAUGAUCGUAUUUGCCAACUCCACUAACUAUUCCACAAGCAAAGUUCUGCACUACCUGUACCUUAUUUAAAUUUGUUUGAGAAGUGUUGCUCCAGACAGUAGAGCAAUAAUAUAAUUUUGAAAAAACUAGAGAGUUAAUAAUAAUUGUUAAUGUAUGUUUGUCAAAGCAAUGUUUCACGCGGUUUAUUUGACCUAAACGAGACAUACAUGAGGAGAUAGUGGCUUGUACAUGGCUGCCGAACGUCAGACCAGGGAAUAAUAAUAAUUAAUAAUAAUAUUAUUAUUCAUAAUGAUACUCGUAAUUCAUAAUUCUGGUGUACAUCGUGCUUAGUAUGAAGUCUUUAGGGCUUGAUGCAAUUCAUUUUUGUAUUCUGACUAUCGUUAGGCUACGGUUGAAGUUUUGGGCAGAUUUUUCGUUUAAAUUUCGAUUUUUCGUUUGCCGCGAAAAUCAGAGCGGGCAGUUGCAUUUCACAGCGGCCCGGAUGCAAAAAGCCGGCCCGCUCUCAAAGGCUCCUCAGCCAAUCAGAUUGCUUCAUUCUGAUUGACAAAAAAAAUAGUGAAAUAUUCAUAGAUAUAAUUGUCAACUAGACUUCCAUAAUGCAGGAUUUUGGCCAUUUCUGGGACCUAAGCCUCGCUAAUCAUAGUGUUAGAAGAUGCAUGGAAUCACGAAGGCCCCAAGUCAAAUUUUACCCUGGGCCCCCAAAUUUCCCUGGGUGCUGUGCAGUGUAUGUUGGUUUUGGCAUUUUUGAAUAUCAAUUGUUAGUCCAGUCAAAUCACUAUAAGUACAUGGUCCUGAUCAAAGUAAUCGCAAUAGAUUUUUUUUCAGUGGUAAAGUGUGUGAAACGUUGUUCUGAUUAACAUAUUAAAAAUCCAAAAAAAUCCUUUCGGUGGAACAUGGUGAAAAUUAAGUUUUUCUUACUUCUACCUAUAGAAAACCAUUGCGGACAAAAUGAUGAAAUUAUGAAAUUAUUUUUUGCAAAUAUAACAUGCAUCAAUGGAAAGCUUAGAAAAAACUAAAUAUAGAUCAUUAAACGGUUACCUUGCUUUUGCCUAUCCAGCCGAAGUUAUACAAGAUUUAAAAUGCCAUAAAUUUGUAUUUUGUGCAAAUUUUGCGCUAUUUUUUCAACUUUGAGCUAGAAUAACGACAGACUGACCAGUAAAUUGAAUAUAACGGUUUAAUUAACCUUUAUAUAGUUUUGUUUAAGCUUUCCAAUAAUGUAGGUUACAUUUGCCUAAAAAUGAUUUCAAACAUUCUGUCCACAAUGGUUUUCUAUAGGUAGAAGUAAGAAAAACUUGAUUUUCACCAUGUUCCACCGAAGGGAUUUUUUUGGAUUUUUAGGAUGUUAAUCGGGACACCUUCCCUCACAUUUUACCACUGAGAAAAAUUCUAUUGCAAUUUCUUUGACCUCUGGUCACAGAUUGACUGGACUAUGUAGCCUAUUUGUAGUUACACAUUAUUAUGAGGGUGUGUUAAGAAAUUUUCAGGGCAUGCUUCUGCUCGGCUAAAUUUGCACAAAAAUGUGUGUGAUAAAAAAUUCUUAAUAUUAGGUAUGGGGCGAUAGGCGAAAGUUUUAGAAUAAGAUGCAAUAAAACACGAACGGCCCUUCUGAAAAGGUAAAACUAUCCUAAAUAUUAGAUAUCACUUAGUCUAGUUAUAACAGAAAGUUCAAUGGUUUCAUUGUACAGAUGCAAUUCUCGAGCAAUUUAGUAAUAAUUGCAUAUUUUAGAACUGCUCCUGGUCAUUUCUAGCUAAAUAUUAAAUAAUCUAUUGUAAAUAUUUUAGUCGUGUAAGUCUGUCAUAUACCGUAUUUGUUUCAAUUCGAUAAUUAAAAUUCUAAUGUUAAUUAUGGGGUGCCAUAAUUGGGCAAACCUGGCGUUACAUCGUUGUAAGAUAGUGAGGAAUUUCGAUCAUUAGAACAUUAAUUAAAACGGCUUCGUAAUUUCUCAUUGUACAGAUAACAUUUGGUGAGUAUAUUUAUCAGAAUGCUUUGCCAGUAUUUUCUAGUUUAGCCCAAGAUUUUGACAAAACAUUUUGGUAUAGCUCAUAUGACGUCGUUGUGCUAAUGGUAACAACGACAUAAAAUCUAAUUUAUCAUUUAUCGUUUUAGACGAAAAAGACUUUGACAAUGCCUUCUGGAAAAAAAUACUUGAUGUGGUGGAUGAAUCUUUGUUUGAUCCAUUUCUUGAAGGUCCAGGCCCAGUGCAUUGGAAAUGGUUUAAUGAAUAGCUGUGCUUGUAAUUUUAUCAAUGCUUGCACAUAUGAUGCAUCUACAAAGAAAUUUGUUGCCUUUAGUGGUUCAGCAAGUGAUCUGAAAAAGUUCGUCCCAAACGUGAGAUCUUUUGCUCUCUCGCCUUCACAGAUUGCCGAAAUUUGUGAACCUGGCCCUAUUGGUAUUAUAUAUGACUGUAAAAAUCGCAUCCCUCUUGCUGCUACGAUAGUUUUGACAGCUGAUCAGUAUGAAAAACGAUCUUAUGUGAGACCAACACAGUCCUUCAUGGAAAGCGUGCGAAUUGGACACGAUUUUCAACAAAAUGAUAUAGACUAUACAACGCCUUUGGAGCACGUGCCAUGCUACGAAUCAAUGAACAAGCACCAUUACAUUGAACAAAACUGGUAUAACGCAUUAUAUCUACCAAACUUGGCAUAUCCUCAGUCGCAAUGUCCAAGCAACCUGAAAAAAUCCGCUAUUCACAGAGGUCACUUGAUUGCUGCAAGCUACGGUCGCGGAACACCGGACAGAACUAUUCAUACGUUCAUAUAUACGAAUGCAGUUCCACAAUUUGGAAAGAAAAAUUCCGGAGCCUGGAGAGCUUUCGAACGUAAACUUAUAGAAUGGGCGAGACAAAACUGUAAAGAGGCUCCUUUGCAUGUCAUUGUCGGUUCCAUACCUUCAACAUAUGGGACAAACGAUAGAAGGUUUUUUGGUGAGGCAGGUUUUAGUGAGUUUAUGGGACCAUCAAACCUAUUUCCUAGAAAAGCAGGCUAUAGGGUUAAUGUGCCGGCGUACAUGUGGACAGCGGCAUGUUGUCAUUCUGCCUCACCACCAUCGUUCACCGUCAGCACUGGGUUUUUUGCUCCGAACAAGCCUGGUCGCAGGUUGGUCAAUAGUGUUGAAUUGAGUAGAUUGUUUUCAUCUGUUAGAGCCAUAGGGGUAGAUCUUUUCCCAAAAAUGCCAAGUUGUAAUGAGGACGGAAAUUACGUACCCCUUUAACAAUGAGAAUUUUCGUUCGAAAUCUUGAAAGCUAGAGAUGUAAUUUACAUCCUUCAUCGAACUUAUAAUUGAAAUAUAAUUUUAAUUAAACUGGCUGCGAAAUUGCAAUUGAGACCUCUGAUGAUUUUCAAAAUUCAUUUAU